AUGGCGAGCGGGCUUCCGCGGGCGGCGUCGUGGCUGCGUUGCUGGGAGCUGGGAGCUGGGGCCUUGAUCAGCGUAGGCCCGACGGGCGACGCAUCUGCCGAGUCUCCUGCUGGUGACAGCGAGGGCCCGUCCGCCUCGAGAAGCUCGCCAUCGGCUCCUCCAACGAGGACUGCCGCUGGCCCCGGUGACUCAUCGCCUCCCGGGGGCUUGCCAAAAGGAGGGUCGUCGGAUAGCUCGGAGACCUCGGAGGAUCAUGCAGCACUCAUGCGAGAGAUUUUUGGCUCCAAUGACGAAGAAGAAGCCUCGGCUGCCCAACGGACAGGUCCUGCAGCACCUCCGGCGCCUCAGGCUACGGCGGCCGAGAUUCCUGUGGCUGCCCAAGCCGCUCCAGCUGCGCUACCCCGUCGACCUACACUCGGUCGACUUCGGUUCACGUUCACGCUGGUCGACGCAUCGGACCCGGCGGCAGGGUCGCGCAAGCUCAGUAACCUGGCGUCACUGUUUCUCGAACCGGGAUUCGUGUCACCCGGCGGUCAAGAGUGUUGGAGUUUGAUCCAGAACGCUAGCGUGCCUCUCAUUUUUGACGACGCCAUAGUUGCUCCGUGUUCGGCAGACGGGAUCAAGGCCUUCGGCAAUUUGCGCCAGCUCUUCCCGGAUCCAUGCCUGAUCGACGUGACUGGGUACCCGCCAAGUCGAGCAAGUUCUCGACGGGCUACCGGGCAUCAACUCUUCGUUCGCCUGAGGAGGCAGUUCCAGGGCAAUUCCUUUCACCCUAACGAGAAGGGCGACCUCGGGCUGGCCCUGUGGGAGCGUCGUCAUUGGAUUCGGGCGAAGGCCGUCAAAGCUUUCAUCGCCAACCUCGCUGCAACACUCGGUCACCGCAACCCGGUGGUUGUGAAGCUUCGCAAGAAGUGGGCCAAGUAA